UGUAGGCGGCGCCAGUGGAUAAGUGUGAGAGACCCCGGAAAACGGAAGAAGUGAACUUGACACUGACUGGUUCGUUCUUUACUGGCAAAACAAUAACCAUUACUAMAUUUGUGCUCGGAGCAAUGUACAGGUUAUCAACAGAUGGUAGAAGGUGGGUGUUGUCCAGUCGGUGACUCUGACCAUCCAUCUCCAUUAUGGCGCUGUGCAGCAGUGUGCUGGCUGUGGCAUUCCUCCUGUCUCAGGCUGGGGGGUUCCUGCACUCUUUGGAAGAGGAUGCCCUUCCUAAGGAGUGGGUGCUGCUCCACGUGGUGCAGGGCCACAUCGGGGCGGGCAACUACAGCUACCUGCGGCUCAACCACGAUGGCAAGAUCAUCCUGCACAUGCGCAGCCUCAAGGGUGAUGCAGACCUGUACGUCUCGGAUAAAACUCUGCGGCCCAGCUUCGACACCUACAAGCUGCAGUCGGUCACCUGCGGCCAGGACGUGGUCGUAGUGCCUGGAGACUUUGUGAGGCCYGUGGGGAUUGGCAUUUAUGGCCACCCGUCGCACCAGGAGAGCGAGUUUGAGAUGAAGGUGUUUUACGAUCAGACUUCUCUCCAGGACCCGUUCGAUAAAAGGUCGUACCCCUCGGAGGAGGACCGGGGGAAGCAGAGAUACUCACCAGCUCCAGAGGAUGACUUCCAGGAAGAGGAGUCCAUCUUCUGGACUAUUUUAAUUGGGAUUCUGAAGAUUAUACUUGAAAUUUUGUUCUAAUAAAUGUGUGCUGCUGCUCUCUGCCAUGUGCAUUUAGAAUGAGUACACUUGUGGUGUAGUGGAGCUGAGCGCAUGAUGUUAACCUAUCUGAGCCCGAUUUCCCAAAAACAUUUUAAGGCUAAGUUCAUCUUAGACCCAUAGGAUGCUUUUGGGAAACCUGGCAUUGGUGAUCUGAACAUUGGACUGAAAUUAACCUGAGGGGAAGAAGCGGAAAAUCAAAGGGAAUAUAUAUAUUUUUUUUUCGUAAUUCAAUUGAGUGAUUAUCUUUUGAUUAAUGACAAAGGCAAUGCCUCUAUGUUGCUUGUCAAUCAACCUCUUGGCUGAGGCUUACCUCUGUGAAAAAAUGAUUGAAUCAAACCACUAGUAUUUGCAUAUCUAUAUCAAUUAUGCCAUCUGAUUAAAUGACUGGGUUAUGGUGAAUGACCACUGCUCUCCAAGCAAAUACCAUGGCCUAACAAACAAUGGAAGUUUAUCUGAUUGGUAGUGCCUCGCUGGACGGACUGAUAGCACUUCUUCAUGGAAGUGUGCAAUGAGCCUGUUCACUUGGAGUCAUGUAGAGUUUAGCCAACCUGGGCCCGGUUUCCUGAUAGCAAAGAGACUUAGGCUUACAAGUGUUU